GUAUGGAACGCCUGGACUGUCUUAUUAUGGCAAAAAUAAAUUCGUUAUCUGCUUACAUCGUUAUGUGGUGUGCUUUUAUCAUUACGUGAUGUGCUUAAAUCAUUAUACGGUGUGCUUAUAUUAUUAUGUGGUGUGUUUUUAUCGUUAUGUAGUGUGCUUCUAUCAUUAUGUAGUGUGCUUAUAUCAUUAUGCGUUGUGCUUUAAUCAUUAUGCAGUGUGCUUUUAUUAUUAUGCAGUGUGCAUAUAUUAUUACGUGUUGUGCUUUUAUCGUAAUGUAGUGUAUUUAUAUCAUUAUGUAGUGUGCUUAUUCCUUUAUGUGGUGUGCUAUUGUCAUAUUUUGGUGUGACUAUAUUAUCAUGUGGUGUGUUUACAUGUAUGUCAUUUUGUGGUGCACUUUCGUCAUUGUGGGGUGUACAUUUGGCAUUAUUUGCUGUGCUUUGAUUAUUACAUAUAGUGCAUCUAUUUUUGCGUAUAUGAUGUACGUUUUGCAUUAUUUGAAAAUAAAGAUUAGUAGUCUUUGGAAAUUAGACAUGGAAACUAUUCUAGAAAAACUCGGAUUGGGCUCUUUAACAAGAAAGUUUCAAGAAGAAAAGGUAACACCUGAUAUUGUAUCAAAACUCUCAAAAGUUGAAAUGCAAAUUUUAGGAGUUGCUGAUAGAUCAGCCAUGAUGAAAUUGAGAGUGGCUUGUAUUCACCAUGGAAGCAAUCUUUUGAUACAAAGAAAUUCUGGGUACUUGAUACCAGAAGAUGUGUUGGACUUUUUGCUGGAAUCUAAGUUCAAAAUCAUUGAAAUUUCUCAAAUGUUAAAUGUGUCAGAGAGCACAAUAUACAGAAGGAUGAGACGAUGCAAUCUUUCUGUAUCAAAAUAUAACGAUAUAUUAGAUCAUGAGCUGGAUCAAAUAGUUUCUGAAAUUGCUACAGAGUUCCCGAAAUGUGGAGAAACAAUGGUCAGAGAAAUUCUUCGGCAAAAAGGUGUCCAGGUAACAAGAGCAAGACUGCGAGAGAGCUUACAUAGAACAAAUGGGGAUAACAUAAAAAGCAGGAUAAAAGGAAGAUUACAAAGAAGAGUUUACAAUGUCGAAGGUGUCAAUCAUCUUUGGCAUAUAGAUACAAACCACAAAUUAAUCAGAUGGAAUUUCAUAAUCGUUGGUGGUAUCGAUGGCUUCAGUAGGUUUGUCACAUUCCUUAACUGUACAGACAACAAUAAGUCUGAAACAAUUUUCAGUUGUUUCCAAAGUGCUAUUCGAAGCUAUGGCUUGCCUUUAAGAGUUCGCUCUGAUAAAGGACUUGAGAACAAAGCUGUCGCUGAAUAUAUGGUCAGAACUCGAGGACCAAACAGAGGAAGCAUGAUAACUGGAAAAAGUGUCCACAACCAAAGAAUUGAGAGGCUGUGGAGGGAUGUGUAUGAAGGAGUUCUCUGCUACUACUAUGAACUUUUUUACUAUAUGGAAGACGUACAACUGCUUGAUAUUUUGAAUGACAUACAUAUGUUUUGUUUACAUUAUGUGUAUCUGAAAAAGAUAGACGAAAAGCUUCAAAUAUGGAAAGAAGCAUGGGCUAAUCAUAGAUUACGCACUGUUAAGACCUCGCCAUUGCAUUUGUUUGCAGCCGGCAUUAUCAAUAAUCCAAUUGAUGUUUUAGAUUUAGAUUGGGAACAGUAUGGUAUUGAAGAUAAUACUGAUGUUCAAUAUCUUCACAAUGUUAAUCCUAGGCCUGUGUUUGAUCCGCCUUCAUAUGCAGUAACAAAUGACACUCUACAAGAAUUGCAACAACAUUGUCCAUUUAAUUGGCAUUCUGCUAACUAUGGAAUUGAUAUUUUCCAAAAGGCUGUGGAAAUUGUCGAAAGAAACAACAGCUUAACAAUAUGAUAUACAAUGUAAAUUCACUUGCCACUGUCUGCAAGACUAGUGUAUCUUUUUUCCUAAUCUGCUUGGCCCAUUGACUAAGAAUGACCAGAUUUUUAUCAUGACAAAAAAGGGCUAUUUAGUUACCAUUCAUGACUCUACUACAAUGACUCUUCAUGAUGGUCAAUAAAAUUAGUAAGAUGAACAAAGAUUUGAGAUUUGUUUUUAUUAUACUGCUUUUUGAUAGAAAAAAAUGUCAUUCCUUCUUGGUUUGAAAAAAUAAACAUAGGUAAUCAAACUUUACAUAGCUCACCGAGAUGAAGGGUCACCUUUAUGAGAUCGCCUUUAUUAUAUCAUACGAAAAUGUAUAAUGUCAUCAUACAAUAUGAUAUUUUAUUAUGUGAUACUCUUCUGUAUCACGUAUAUUGUAUCAGAUGAUUUUUAUUGUUUGGUAUCAAACGAUAGAAUUUAAAAUACAUUGCAUUAUAUUAUAUACUUGUAAAAUAUCAAACAAUCUGAUACAAUCAUAUAAUAACAGAUCAUAUUAUACAAUUUCAUAAUGAUAAAAUACAAAACUGAAUCAUAUUAUACCAAAAAGUUAUGUUAUAUGAUAAAAUAUUCAUAAUAUGAUUAAAUACCAUUGUGUGUGCACAUAUAUAUAUAUAUAUAUAUAUAUAUAUAUAUAUAUAUAUAUAUAUAUAAGAGAGAAAUAAACAGCAAUUUAAAAUGUUCACCGGAUACGAAGUUGGUUGGUCACGUGAUCAAAUCCUGUGAAGCCUGACAUAUUCUAAUAUGAUAUUUUAAGUCUAUAAAGUAUUUAAGUAGGUUAAGAUGUACCAUCCAUGCAAGUUUGGUGAAGGUAGGACAAGUAAUGACUUAGAUAUAGGAGCUGCACCAAAAACAUUAAACAGCGUAGUCAGGUGUGUAGCAUAAGCUCCCCCCACACUUCGUCUUGGUGAGCUAAAAAUCAGAAAUGUACAGGAAACAAUUUGACAAACAUGUCAUCAGUACAAAACUUUAAGAUAUUUAACUUUUUGCUGAUAUUCCUUUAACAAAAUAUACAUUUACCACACAAACUUUCAUUUAAGUCAAUGUUUAGAAAUCCUGAUAAAGUUUCUAUUCAAAACAAGAAGUUCAUGAGCAAACUUAUGAGACAGUUCAUACAAAUCUUAAAGUAUAUCUAUUCAAAACAAGAAUUCCAAGAACCAACUUUAACAUGACACAGUCCAAGGACCAACUUAACAUGACACAGUCCAAUGACAUACUUAACAUGACACAGUCCAAGGACCAACUUAACAUGACAAGAGUUCAUACAAAUAUUAAAGUUUCUAUUUGAAACAAAAAGUCAGAGGACCAACUUUAUCAUGACAGAGUUCAAAACAGAUAUUAAAGUAUCUUUUCAAAACAAGAAGUCCAAGGACAAACUUAACAUUACACAGUCCAAGGACCAACUUAACAUGACAAGAGUUCAUACAAAUAGUAAAGUUUCUAUUUGAAACAAAAAGUCCGAGG